AUUUAAGAACAUUUCAGUAGCAAGGUCUGAUCCUUAGAUCUUAUCCUUUUAAUAUACAGGUCCACCCACAUUUAUCUCUACCCUAGGUGAGUGACGCGGAACCUUCGAAGUUCAAUGGCCAUUUAAGUUCAACUUGUACAUAAUAACUACUAGGUUAGGUAACUAGCUUGAGAUACAUUGAGCUUUGUACCUGUGAAUGCGAAUACGAGGUAACUCUGUACUAACGUACUCUUACAUGUACCCUUUUUUUCUCGAUGUCUAAAUGGUCCGAUGUUCUGACCCCCUAUCGAUUGGCCAAUCUCUUGCCAUCUUUUACCAAAAAUCGUCUAUCCUUGACCAUCAUUUUUCUUGUAUUUAUUAUUUAUUAUUUAUCAAACUCCCUCCUAACUUUUCUAUCUCGACCUCAUCCUUUUUAACAAAAGUAUUCUCAUAAGUCCAAAUAGCUGAGAGUGCCCGUCGACGACAAGCCGAGUCAGUCGCAAGCAAGUUUUAGCAAUGGGACUUCUAGAGGAUGUCCAGGGACAUGUGUCCCAGUACAUGUCGCAACUUACCACGCCGUCGCAAAUUGGUGUUGUUGCUGCCACCGGUCUAUUUCUCAUCGUUUUCCUCAACGUAUUAAAUCAGGUCCUCUUCAGGAAUCGCAAUGAACCUCCCGUUGUCUUUCACUGGUUCCCUUUAAUAGGAAGCACCAUUACCUAUGGCAUGGACCCUCCGCGUUUCUUCAAGGAGAACCGAGCUAAGUAUGGCGAUAUCUUCACUUUCAUACUCCUCGGAAAGAAAACCACUGUAUACCUUGGCACCACUGGCAACGACUUUAUCUUGAACGGCAAGGUGAAGGAUGUUUGUGCAGAGGAUAUAUAUACCGUCCUCACUACCCCUGUCUUCGGAAAGGAUGUGGUCUACGAUUGCCCCAACUCCAAGCUCAUGGAACAGAAGAAGUUCAUGAAGAUUGCCCUUACCACCACAGCCUUCCAGUCCUAUGUACCCAUCAUUGCCGAUGAAGUAACCAGCUAUUUCAAGAGAUGCCCCGACUUCAAAGGAAAGUCUGGAAUCGUCAACAUCCCCAAGAACAUGGCCGAAAUCACUAUCUUCACCGCUUCGCAUUCUCUUCAGGGCAGUGAGGUCCGAAGCAAGUUUGAUGAGUCGUUGGCUUCAUUGUAUCACGAUUUGGAUAUGGGGUUUACCCCGAUUAACUUCAUGCUUCACUGGGCUCCCUUACCGUGGAACAAGAGACGAGACCAUGCCCAGAGGACUAUCUCCAAGGUCUAUAUGGAUACCAUCAAGGAACGUCGCGCGGCUGGCAAGACUGAUUCCCAGGAUCUGAUGUGGCACUUGAUGAACGCUAGCUACAAGAAUGGUGUCAAGGUCCCCGACCACGAAAUCGCCCAUAUGUUGAUUGCAUUACUCAUGGCCGGCCAACACUCUUCCUCUUCGACAAGUUCCUGGAUGAUGCUACGUCUCGCUUCGCGCCCGGAUAUCAUGGAGGCCUUGUACCGCGAACAAGUUGAGGCUCUAGGUGCCGACCUUCCCCCCCUAAAGUACGAAGACCUCGCCAAGCUCCCUCUCAACCAAGCCAUCGUCAAGGAAACCUUGAGAUUACACGCACCCAUCCACUCCAUUAUGCGCGCUGUCAAAUCCCCCAUGCCUGUCCCUGGAACCAAGUACGUCAUUCCUACUAGCCACACUCUACUUUCGGCCUCUGGUGUAACGGCAACGGACCCCGAGUACUUCCCCGAGCCAGACCUAUGGGAGCCUACACGAUGGGCCAAGGAUUCAUCUCUUGCGCCCAAGUCUCUACGUAGCGAGGCGGACGAGGAGAAGAUUGAUUACGGAUAUGGGUUAGUGAGCAAGGGUGGUCACUCGCCUUACCUGCCGUUCGGUGCUGGAAGGCAUCGUUGCAUUGGUGAACAGUUUGCCAAUGUCCAACUGCAGACUAUCACAGCCGUCAUCGUUCGCCUGUACAAGUUCAGGAACGUGGAUGGAAGCAACAACAUCAUCGGCACAGAUUACGCUUCGCUCUUCUCCAGGCCGAUCGAGCCUGCCAACAUCUUCUGGGAAACACGGGAGUAAAGAGAGGGACGGAGAAGGGAGGAAAUGAGGCGCAUUUUGUUGAUUACCUAGAAAUCUGUACAUAUCACCUUUCACUGGAUGACGAACACGCCGGAGACAAAGCAGCUCUGGCAGGGCAUGACACGAGAGCAGAAGACACAACAUAAUUAGAAUAAUAAUUAAUAAGUGAAAAGAUCAAAGAUAAGU